AGAAUUCCAGAAUUUAACCGAAAUGACUUAAGUUCAAUCAUUUAGAUAUGUAAUCAAGCCGAUAUUUAAUAGUUAAUAAAUAUUAAUUGAUUGAGCUGAUUAUCUAUAGCUAAUAAAUACAUUAAAGUAAAGUAUGGUAGUUGCGUUGGGUAGGGUGAAGGGAUGUCGACGCCCUGUAGGGGUGUGCGUGAGGGCUCUUACCACCCAGGCGGAGUACGUGGCCACCCCAAACUACCCUCCCAUCCUAGACACCCCCCCGGAGAUCCUACAGAAGGAGGCAUGGCACGCUAGGAUCACUAACCUACCAACCUUCGAGCAGAAACUCGUCGAGUACAACAUGCCUAAGGCGUACGGGUACUGGUCCUGUAUCCUGAGGGACCAUGAGUACCAGGUUAAUGGUACCCCGUUCCUUAAGUUCGUUACCAGGACCAGGAUCUUGGAGGGACCUAAACGGGACUAUUAUGCCGACGUGGCUGAGGCUGCGGCAAAUGCUGCUGUCCGUCUAGCUCCUGAGGUGGAAAAACUUAUCCUACUCCACCAUCACCAUCAGGUCUUCCGGGAUAAGGAAUCCCGCAAGGAUUCCCAAAAGGAUACCAAGGAUUCCCAAGCGAACUUCAUCCACGGACUGCAUCGUCUACUGUCGUCAUGUCUUCCGGUCCCGACACAAGCGCGGGUGGCCCAUGACCCGCGGGUAGUAGCGGGAUGGUUCGCUGGGGGACUGGAUAACGUGGGGGCUGACCGGCGGGAGUGGAUGCACCUACCAAAAGAGACCCGUGAGAAAAAGUUGUGGGUGAGGAACCUUUUCCUGGACAGAGAAGAACCCUUCAUGGGUGACCGGGUUAUCCGCAGCUCAUGUAAACCGCUCCUGGUGGUGCGGGAACGGUACCCUCUGCCACCUGUGGUGGACAGAUUAUUUGAUCCCACCGUGGAGGACAAAAACGGACAGACCGCGGACACAUCCGCGGGUGUGGGGGAAGUCACGGGAACGGACAACGACGGGGAACCACCGCCCCCCGUGGACGACGGGCGCUGUGAUCCCGAGACCUACGGGUACCUCAUGGCCCACGCACCCUUCGUGCUCAACCCUGGCUACUGGCCCGGGGAGUCAUGUCGCCAUGCGAGGGUCUUCUACCACCGCCUGCAUGAGGCCCCCCAGUGCCCACCCUCGGGCCCCCUGCAGGCCCUGGCCCCGCCCUCGCGGCCCCAAGACGCCCUCCAUCAGCAGCUCCUCAUAGCCUGCCACACGCAGGCCCUGGCCCAGGCCGCCAUCUUUGGCUACGGGCCCGUAACAGAGCUGCAUGAGCCUGCGGUGCAGCAGGUGGUGGUCACGGACGGACGGACGUACCACCUGUGCCUGCACCAGCUCAACACCACCUGCCUGCACUCCUGCAACAC